GGCUGGAUGAACAUUUUAUCGGGCUUUACUAAGCUGUGCAAGGAGCUGCCAGUGUUGUUAAUUGGGGGUCACGUUGUGGUUCAGAUUUUGCCCUCUGCAAUUUCUUAUUUUGCCUUCAUCCCUACCAAGGGCUUCAUUGCCCGGUUCAGACCCUGUUGAAGCAUCUGAAAGGAGGGAAGGAAUGCAUAAAGAGAUGCAGCCGAAAAUGCUUAGAACUUAGAAGCUUUCGACAAGAAAGGGCUGUCUUGGAUGAGAUUGAGGCACGGCGGCGCACGGAAGAGGAAGAAACAGCAGCGAGUUUAGAGGAGAAAGCAGUAUUUGAUGCCUCCGGAGCAGUUGCCUUGGGAUCGAAGGGAUUUCCGGAAGCACGACAGAUCCGGCUCCGACCGGCGCUUUACCGGCGGAGGAGGAGGAAGGGGAGGAUUCGGAGGCGGGGACCAUAGGUGGCGGGAGCAGCACCACAAUCCGCACGCGCCGCCGCAUCCGCCGCCUUAUCACCACCACCGGAACCACCCGCAGCAGCAGCGUUGGUAUUCGGAUUUCCGCUCUUCUCGGCCUAUCCCGCCUGGACAUGGUAAGCAGGGUGGUUGGGGCAUGUACCCUGAUGAGGCUGGUCAUGGAUUUUCGCCCUUUGGAUCAAGGUAUGGUGAUAGAAACAUAGAAGAUGACAAUUUUCGCCCUUUUGGCUCACGCAGUGAAGGGAGGUAUUUUAGAAGUAGCAGGGAAAAUAGAGGUUCCUUUAGCCAGAAGGAUUGGAAGUCUCCGUCUUGUGAACCACCUCUUUCAUCGUCCGGUGGUUAUGGGAGACCCAAUGGCGAGGUUACUAAUCAGAAAUCUGUAGAGAACACCCAAACAUGCCAUACCAACUGCAGCAAGGGUAACAACUCCGAGAAUGGUGAAACAUGUCAUAACAACUGUAGUAAGGGCAAUAACUCCGAGAACAUCCAUAACAACAGCAGUAAGGGUAACAACUCCCCUCAUCCUCCUACUGAUUCCCUAUCAUGUCAACCUCAAGCUGCUCUGAAAGAGAAGUACGAGAAGGAUGGGGGCACUGUUGAUGAGCCUGCGAGCUCAGUUCAGAAAUCAGAUAAAAGAAAUGCUGUAGUGUCGUUGGAUUGGAAGCUGAAAUGGGACCGAUCAGGUAGCUUAUCCUCAAGGGGCUCUGGUUUAAGCCGUUCAAGUAGCUCGAAGAGUACUGCAGUGGAUUCUGUUGAGGGAACUGCAGAGGCGCAGCCGAAGAAUAUGGUGCCCAUUGACUCACCUGCUGCUGUAUCUUUGGAGCCCACUGCUCGAGUUCCAUCUGACGACACUGGCUCAAGGAAGAAGCCUCGACUAGGCUGGGGCGAGGGUCUUGCAAAGUACGAGAAGAAGAAAGUUGAGGGUCCAGAAGAUGGUGUUGCAAAAGAUGUCCUGGCUAACAGUGUCAGUUCUGCUGAAACUACGCAACUUCCUUCUGCUAACGUGCUUGAAAAAAGUCCCAAACCUGCAGAUGGGUUAGAUUGUGCCUCACCAGCGACUCCGUCUUCGGUUGCUUGUAGUUCUUCACCAGGUACUGAGGAGAAACAAUCUAUCAAGGCUGUUAUUAUUGAUCAUGAUCCUGCUAAUUUAAGUUUUUCACCUAUUAACAUGGCCCAGUCCUGCUGUGAGGAACCAACUUUCAAUCUGGAAAAUUUGGACCUUGCAUCCAUUGCCAAUCUUAGCUCAUUAAUAAAUGGAAUUUUGCAACCGGAUGAUCCAAGUUCUGCAGAGACGAGCUAUGCACGAGCCAACUCGAUGAAUAAAUUGUUAGUAUGGAAAGUUAAUGUAUUAAAAGCGCUUGAGGUGACUGAAUCUGAAAUAGAUUUGCUCGAGAAGGAAUUGAAGUCACUGGUAACUGAACCUAGGAGUUGCUGUCCUUAUCCAGCAGCGUCCAUCUUGCUUCCAGGGGAGUGCCAUUCAAAUUCGUUUGAGCAAGCAACUGUCUCUAGCGCUGUUAGAGCUGCUCCUUUGCAGGUGGUUGCAUCUGGAGACAUGAUUGUUGAGAGUCCUUCGGCUGAUGAUGAAGAUAGUGGGAGUGACGAAGAUGAAGAUGAUACGGAUUCUCAAGAUCUUUCCAGUGUUGGCAGUAUGGAUUUUGACUUUGAGCAUAUUUAUGAGGCUAUUUUGGCUUCGAAUAAGGAUUAUGCAUGCACGGCUAUGGAGGAGUUGAAUAAGUUAUUGCCUGUCCAACAAUGUCCGUUCAAUGUGUUGGCUGCUGCGGAAAUAUCUUCUCCGCAAAGGGAUUCCUCAUUUAUCAAAGAGAGAUUUCUGAUGAGGAAGCGAUCCCUCUUGUUCAAAGAGAAGGUUCUUACUCUGAAGUUUAAGGUAUUUCAGCAUUUCUGGAGAGAAGGUCGUGUAGUUUCUGUAAGUAAACUUCGAGGGAAGUCUCAUAAGAAGUUGGAUCUAUGUCGUCCUGGGUACAAGAAGAAUCGUUCGUCCAGUCGCUCUAGAAUAUCUCAUUCUGUCAUAAUCUUGGUAAUGUUAAUGGUGUAUUACUUGCUGUUAGUCCUCAUCUUAACUUUGAAAUCUCCUGAGUUUUAUGUAUUCCUAGUUCAAUACUUGGACGAUUUGGCAGUGUUCUUCCCCAUUUGGCUUCCUGUACCGCCAAGAUUUUAUUCUAAGAAACACAUCAUUCCAUUUGGUUUGAUUGCCAGACUUCCAGAGGAGCCACCUGACGCUAUCAUCUCAUUCUCUCUCUCUCUAGAAUGUCAAACAAACAUAUUUGUUCAUCAGCUGCAUAUUGGAAACCUCCUUGUGUAUAUUACCAGUAAGGGUUUCAUUGGAUCUAGUUUGCAAAGCACAACGGAUAGAACUGGAAGCUCUCGGAAAGUGCCUGCCGAAGAAGUUGUUGAAUUUAUCAAUGAGUUGCUUAGAGAGUCACAGAUCAAGCCCUGUCGGAGUACUUUGAAGAUGCCGGCUAUGAUUUUGGAUCAGCGGAUAAAGAUGUCAAGGUUUAUCUCGAAUAAUGCUCUGGUGGAGGAUCCUUGUGCUACUGAAAAAGAGAGGUCCAUGAUCAACCCCUGGACCCCUGAAGAGAUGGAGUUAUUUAUUGAUAAGCUCUCUGAAUUCGGGAAAGAUUUCAGCAAGAUUUCAUCCUUCCUGGAACGUAAAACUGUGGCAGAUUGCAUUGAGUUUUAUUACAAGAAUCACAAAUCAGAAAGCUUUCAGAGGGCUAAGCCAGGUGUGACAAAGCAAAGCAAGUCUCAGCCCACCACAUACUUGGUUGCAAAUGGGAAAAGAUGGAACCGUGAGGCAAAUGCCGCUUCUCUUGAUGUACUUGGUGAAGCUUCCAUGAUUGCAGCUAAUGCCAUAGAAGCUCAGCAGAAGCCUAAAAAAGCACCACCUAGGAAUUUUCAUGGUCCAUUGGAGAGAUUAAACAGUUUGGAUAAUAAUGAAGCCGCAGCUGCUGAUGUAUUGGCGGGUAUUUGUGGUUCCCUGUCUUCAGGGGAGGCUAUGAGCUCUUGCAUCACUAGUUCGGUCGACCCUGUUGACGGCUAUACUCAGAGAGUCACUUCUUGCGUGAAACUGUCUUUGACUCCGGAUGUUACGCAGAGUGUCAAUGAUGAGGGCUCAGACGAGAGCUGCGCAGAGAUGGUGGACCCCACUGAUUGGACUGAUGAAGAGAAGUCCUUCUUUGUUCAGGCCGUGUCGUCUUAUGGCAAGGAUUUCGAAAUGAUCUCUCAGUGUCUUAGAACGAGGUCUGUCGAGCAGUGCAAGAUAUUCUUUAGCAAGGCCAGGAAGUGCCUGGGAUUGGACCAUGUUACCCCUGGACCUGUCAAUGCAGCUGCUUGUGGUGGUGAUGCUGAUGGAGGAGGGGGCAGUAGUGACACUGAAGAUGCUGCUUGUGUUAUUGCCAAUGAUGACUCGGAGUGUAAGAUGGAGGUGGAUCCUCCUGAGAGCUGCAGUCACGAACCUGAUAUAGCCCGAACAAGUGAAGAGUCGAAGCAUUUUGACUCUGUUAUUACUGAACCUGUCUUGAAGGAUUCGUCAACUGCUGAUAAUACUCUUGUCGAUUAUAAGCAAGCUGUGGAUUUCAAUGUGGAUAACAUAGAACUGUGUUGCUCAGAUGGAGCAUUUACGCCUGAGCUUGAAGUCAAAACCUCAGUUGCAUCCACCAAUAUUAAUGAGUCAGUACAAGCUGAAGAAAGCAAUGACCAUGGUCAGCCAACAAAUGGUGGACCUAAUGAUACUGAUAAAAAGGGUUUGGCUGAGGUCUCUAAUGGGCAUCAUAUGGAAGAUAAUGAAGGACAAGGGCUUAUCUUGUCUGACGAUAAUUUGGAAAAUAAGAAAGUUGAGGAUGGGGGUGCGAAUUCCACUGAAGUGAAUGUGGUAAGCAGUACACCAGUUGAGGUGGAGGCUGAGAAUAUCUCUCAUCCUUCUGUUGCUUCUUCACUUUCUUCCAUUGAAAAGGAUUCGGAGAGCCAAAGUAAUCCCCCUUUGGAGCAGAAUGGCCACUGUGCUGCACCCAUGGAAUCAUCAACAUUGUUCCCUGUUCCCAUUAAGUAUCAAAAGCCCUUGAAUGGGACCAGCCAAAAUGAUCCUCAGAAAGUUGCUCUUGCAGGCGAUAGUCAUCAGCAUGUCUUGGGUUAUUCACUGUCUGAUUCUGUCAAGCGUUCCCAUAUUCUGACGGGGUACCCUGUUUCAGUGCAGACUCUGAAGGAGAUUAAUGGCGAUGUUGUAAAACACAUUGCCGUACAAAAUGUUCCCAAGAGUGACAGUGGUAAGCUGAAUCUAGAGCUGCACACGGAUUUUUCUCUCCAGAAGUGUUCUACUGGUUUUAGAAAUCAGAUCGAUAACGUGUCUUUUUUACCACAAUCAGGCUGCUCGCCUGUCGCGGACAAGCCCCCGCAGCCUUCAAGAAAUGGUGACGUGAAGUUGUUUGGUAAAAUCUUGAUAUCAUCCCAAGAGAAAACCAGUUCUUGCGAUCGUGAUGUUGUUAGUAGUAACAACAAUAAUAAUGGCCAUCACCACCAGUCGCUGACCCUGAAAUUCAGUGGCGAUGACAAAGCAGUUAAUUUGGAUUCUUUUCAGUCAAAGGUUGAUUGCCACAGUUAUCUCGCCUCCUCCGAAAAUAGUAACAUCCCUUUUAAGAGUUUCGGCUGUUGGGAUGAGAACAGAACAAAACAGCCCACGAUUUUCCAGCCACUGCCCGAUUCAACUCUCUUGUUAGCCAAAUACCCCGCAGCUUUCAGCACUCACUCUACGCCAACUCUAAAAUUCGAUCAGCCCCCACUAUUCGCUACCAGGGACAUGAAUAAUUGCACGUCAGAUUAUCAGCUGUUGAGAAAUCGGGAGUUGCAGCCUUUUACCGUUGAUAGUAUGAAGCAACAGCAGGAAGUGUUGUUUGCAGAGAUGCAAAGGAGGAACGGGUUUAGUGUUGUGCAGGGAAUGCAACAGCAAGCAGCAAGAUCAAUGGUGGGACUUGAUGUUGGUCGAGGGGUUCUCCAGUGUACGGGUGUUUCGGAUCCAGUCACAGCUAUUAAACUGCAUUAUGCAAAGGCUCAGAGUAUAUCUGUGCAGGCUGGGAAUGUAAUUAGAGAGGACGAUACUUGGAGGAGUAAUGGGGAUGUAGGCAGGUAGUAGUUGUAAGUUUGAAGAUAAAUCGGCCUUUUAGUUGAGGCCGGGUUUGCUCGUGGCAAGUUAUGUCCGUUAUUUUCUUGCUGCGUAUGUAUUAUAGUGUUUUGUGUUUUAUUUUUAAUUUUAAUUUUAUUUUUAUUUUUGUUUUGACUCGUCAGCAAUGAAAGGCAGUGGAUAUUUCUGAAUCUUGGAUCCUUUUGUCUUAUUCUUCUUGGGGGUGAGAAGAUUUGUAGAUCCUUGUAAUGUUGCAGGAGCUUUGUAAUUAUUGUAUUUGAUCUUAAAUACAGGAUAAAAAAGGGAUCGGUCAACAGUUUUGGAGGAGAAAGAUGUAUUCAUGAAUCUCUUUCAUUGUUUUAGCCCUUUGUGAACAGAAGCUGCUUUUUCGAUCGGUAUGUGGCUUGCUCAUUUAACUGGGGAAAUUUUAGGUUUUUAGCUCUUUUGUGAACAGGAGCUGCUUUUUUUACGGUAUGUGGCUUGUUCGUUUUAUUGGGGAAAUUUAGUUUUUUGGUGAUUUGUCAUCCGUUUCUUGCGCGUUUUUUGC